GCCGCUGAAUCCAUUUCAUUGCCGAUGCUGGUCCGCCGACCGCCCGGCAAUAUCGCGAUCUUGGCACAAAAAAGUGCUCCAUCAAUCAGGCGCCGCUGGUUUUGAUCUGCCCAUCUCCGUCGCUCCGUCGCCGUCAGUCACAAUGCUGGGGAGACAUGGCUUAACAGGGCGCAUUGCCCGGCAGCAAUUUGCUGCUUUUGCACAGCCAAGCCGAUCGAUGUCCUCAUUUCGCCCGCAGAUUUCCAGACUCCCCGUGCGGUCCGGCAAGACUCUCAGCGGAACAGCGACAUGGAGGACGUCAAUGCCCUCCAUCUCUGGCGCUGCCACUAUCCGAUUCAAUUCGACCUCUUCCGCAACGGCUAGCGGUGCCGUCCCCGACGCUUCAGCCGCCGCGAACUCCGGAUCCAAUGUUCCCGGCGCGGACCAGUUCGACGUCGACUUCGACAUCAGCUCUAUCCCGGAAAGAAUUGGGUACUUGAAGGAUCUGGGACUCGAUUUCGGCUGGGGUCCGACGUCAGUCAUGCAAUUCGUUGUCGAGCAUCUUCACAUCUGGGGCGGGCUACCUUGGAUAGGAAGUAUCAUCGCGACUGGUGCCCUGGUCCGUUUUGCGUUGCUACCGCUUUUCUACCGCGCCAUAGACCAAGGCACAAAAACCGGCAACAUCAGACACAUUACUGGACCUAUCAGAGCGGAAAUGGUACGCAACUUACAAGAGGGCAAGCAGGCCGAGGGGAUCAGGCUUCGGGCGGAAUUGGCAAAGAUCAACAAGGAACAUGGUAUCCAAACCAGCGCCAUGCUCAUGCCAUUGUUUUCCCAGGUCUUCUUCGGCUACGGAAUGUUCCGUCUUAUCCGCAAUAUGGCGUCCAUGCCUGUUCCCGGAUUAGCAAUGGAGCAGUUCUUGUGGAUUACCGAUCUCACAGCACAUGACCCGUUUUUCAUUCUACCUGUAGUGGCGGCUACCCUUCAAUAUCUAACCAUUAAAAAAGGAGGCGAGUUUGGAAAUGUUGACGCGAAUAUGGCAGGGCUUCAACAAGCGAUGCGAUACGUUAUGCCUGGCCUGGCUUUGCUGUUCACUGCAACCUUGCCCGCUGCUCUGCAAUUAUACUUCGCCGUCACUGCUGUCAUUGGUUAUACGCAAUCCCUCGCAUUCAACAACGUGGCCGUCCGCCAAGCCAUCGGUAUGGCCCUCCCCAGCAAGUAUACCACAAAGCCUCCUCCCGGGACUCCUGAAACAGAGCAGAGCCGACACCUCCGCACGCUCGUAGAAGCUGCCGAAGGCCUGCAGGCCGAACACCAGAGACGCGCCGUGGAGGCAGACAAGCAGGCCCAGAAGGCGCAGAUGAGCGUCAUUGACCGCGCCCUCCUGUCCGCCAAGGAGAGCAAGGACAAGCUCGUCCGCGAGACGACGGACAAGGUCAACGAGAUGACCGGCCGGGGACCCAAGAAGAACGCCGACGGCACAGUCGCCCCGCCGGACCGGCUCAGCGAAAAGGACCGCAAGCUCGCGGAGGACUACGAGAAGCGCCGGAGGGAGGAGGACGAGUGGAAGCGGGAGGAGCUGAACCAUGCGCGCAGGGAGGCGCAUCUGCAGGCUAUGGAGAGGCAGCGGGAGCAGGCUCGCACGGCGUGGCAGCGCUCCAAGACCAAGACGAAGGCGUGAUUUACGGUUCUACACCUGCAUCUUGGGCAUUGUAUCAUAGGAGUAUAUUAUAUUUUGUUUUAUUAGAGAUAAUCUCUUCGUACAUUUUUUUACUAUUGGGUAAUCUGGAACAACAUUCACCUCUUCAGAUUGUUCAUUCUGUUAGAAUCUGUUCCAACAUAACGGUGCUAUUAUAUGCGCUCGUUUUUAAUAAAAAGACAGCAGCACCUCGCAACAAUCAACCAGGAACACAACAGACGGGUGAUCUCUAUCUCAACGCAGCAUAUUCCCC